AUGUCUCCAUCAGCCGACUUGAAAAAUGUUAAGGAACAGUGGGAGGCAGAGGACAUCGCGAAAACUAGAAAUGCAAUAAUGGCAAAGUUGUCUGAACGAGCGAUUCCGUCAAAACUCAUAGGGGUUGAGGAACAGUACGGCCAAGUCUUUGAUCUAUUGCAGAGGGUGAUAUCUCUCGGCGAGAGUAACUCCUGCCUUCUUAUUGGUCCGCGAGGAUCAGGAAAAACACUGAUAGUUCGUAAAGCAUUGCAGACUCUGCAAUCCAUGUACAAUGACAGCUUCAUUACUAUCUAUCUAAAUGGCUUCACCUUACCUAAUGACCGACUCGCUCUUCGCGAAAUAGCUCGUCAACUAUCGCUUGAACAUGAACUAGAAGGAAAACAUUCGUUUGCAGAUACGCUAUCCUUUGUAUUAAGUCAAUUGAAGUCAGGCUCGAAAAUUGCCAAACCCAUCAUCUUUAUGCUGGACGAGUUUGAUCUCUUCGCACAGCAUAGCAAACAAGCGUUGCUGUACAAUCUAUUCGACAUAGCAAUGAGCAAUCAGACACCGAUCGCUGUUGUUGGAAUGACUUGUAGAAUCGACGCAAUGGAUCUGUUGGAGAAGCGUGUCAAGUCACGUUUUUCUCAUCGACAGUACUGUCUGUUUCCGGCCAAGUCGUUUGAGAUCUUCUUACAGAUAGCGAGGAAUUCAUUAGUAUUGACAACAGAAAGCGAUUUGUUUGAUAACGAUGUUUUCCGCAAAAUAGUUCGACGCAUCUUUGACAUGACACGCGAUAUAAGAACAUUUUAUCGUAUAUGCUUUAAGCCGGUUGCCCAGUUAUCACAAGCGUCUCCAUUUUUAAAAGCCAGUCACUUUCAAUCGUCCAAUGAGCAACAACAAAGUGAUUCCAGAACCCAGCUUAUACGCGGCCUAUCCCUUCUGGAGAUUUGCCUCCUGGUCAGCAUAAAGCAUCUAUUAUCUCGGUCCUAUUCCACGUUUAAUUUCUCCAUGGUUUAUGACGAAUACAAAGAAUUCACAUUCUCGGAAGCAGUAAAAGGUGUCGGUAUGCAUGCUUAUAAAUGGCCGGUAGCGUUGAAGGCUUUUGAGCAUCUAAUCCAGAUGGAACUCGUAAAGCCUGUAGAAGGAGGAAUGAAAUGUUCAAAGGAGUAUAGAACGAUGAGAUUGAUGAUGGAACCAGCGGAGGUUAGAGAGGUUGUAGAGGGAUUUGAUGACGUCCCGACUUCGGUUAAAAGGUGGGUACAGAAUUAA